AUGACGGAGCCAGCCGUGCUGCGGCAGGAGGAGGGCUUUUGCCUUGUGUGGAAGCCUCCAGGCUGGGAGGUGAGCGUCUCGGACGGCGAGGAUCAAGAGGUGUACAGCUCAGCACCGCAGAUCCAGGAUUGGCUGGCGAAAGCCGGCAACUGCCCCAUCGCCUCGGAUCCAGAUGCCUCACACGGCUUGAUACACCGCCUGGACCGUGACACGUCGGGCCUUCUGCUUUGGGCGCCUACCUACGCCAGUUACUACGCGCUGCGCUUGGCCUUCGUCACAGGGAAGGUUCAGAAGGAGUACCUGUGCUUGUGCCACGGUUGGGUGCCUCGGGAGCCGCGGAUGCUGGACGCAGCUAUCCGACGGGUCCUCCAGAAGGAGCCCGGCCUGGGGCCCCGUGUGAGCGAGUGCUCGGAAAAUGGGCGCCGCGCCUUCACGGAGAUCUUGGAGGUGGUGCACGCCCUCGGGCCAAGUGGCGAGAAGGUGAGUCUGGUUCAGGUCCGCAUUCACACGGGGCGCAUGCACCAGAUACGUGUGCAUAUGAGCCACAGCGGACACCCCCUGGUUGGAGAUGUGACCUACGGUGGCAGCGAGCCGCCCUGGUGUGGCGCUUGUUCCUCCAAGGAUCGUUCCAUGUCCUUCGACGCGCCAACGCCGAACCCGGCCUUGACGCGGCCGGGCCGCUUGCAGCAUGCUGCCUCAGGCCUCUCCGUGCCUCAAGCCAAAGAGCGCGGACGGUCCUGGGAAGGCUCUGGCUCGGGCCUGGUGCCGCCAAAGCGGCCUUCUGCAAGCCCGCAUGCCAAGUCUGCGAGCCCCGCGCCCAACCGGGACAAGCGCACAGAAGGCAAGCCAGGACUCGACAGAUCGCCGGCCCCUGGUACAAGAACCAGCACGCGGUCAGGAGUUCCGGCCGAAAAGCCAACAUCAGUGGACAAGGCUGAAAAAUCUCCAGCCGACAAGUCCCCUGCAGACAAGUCUGAGAAGUCUCCAGCGGAAAAAGCCAAAGCUCGGCCACUAGGUGCGAAGGGGACGGGCAAAAAUCUGGCACCCCUGUCGGCUGGGAAGCUGCUCCAGGCGGCUGUGAACCUUCGCAACAGCCGCUCCAUCCGACUGGCGCUUGCGCGCGCUACCCAAGCGCCCCCAGCGCUGAUGGCAAAAGCCAACUCCCUGUUGGAGCGGCUGGCGACCGCAGAGGCGAAGGCCCUGCAGGAUUUGCAGUCAGCUGAGCGAGAUGACAGUCUGGAACCACCCCCUCCUUGGAGGCUGGUUUGCUUGGACUUCGACAGGACCAUCGCAAAGGAGCACAUGUGGGGCACCUACAAGGAGGCACCAUUGGAUGAGAUUCCGGUGAACGAGGAGACUUUCGUGAACUUGGCGCUUUUCCGGUGGCUGGUCCGCUCUGUGCGAAAGCUUUCCGGGGAAGUGGCCAUUGCCAGCUUUGGGCGUCCAGAUGUUGCGGACAAAGCCAUGCAGUUCGCGCUGGGGGAAAACCACGGCAUUGUCAUCACCACUCCCCUGGAUUACCCGGACCCUGCUCCGGCACCUGGCACCGAGGCGGGGCGCUGCCCUGCUGGGAGCUCCUGGUUGGGCGACAAGAACACCCAGCUGGCGGCCCUGGCGCGGCGCUUCAGUGUGGCGGCCACGGACAUGCUCCUUCUUGACGACGACCUGCAUAAUGUGGAAGAGGCAGCGAAAGCUGGCGUCUCAGCCUUCCACGCGCCGUUAGGCCUAAACAAAGCGGCCCUCCAGAAUGUGGCUGAUUUGCUUGGGCUGACAAGACACGCAGAGAAUUAG